GGGGGAGCUAGUCAUGGAGCUGCCGCCUGCCGAUAACCCAACACAGCCGGCUGGAACCGGAUGUCGAUUCCGAGAUUUCAAGAGAGCUCCCAAAUUAGCCAUCACCAAUGGUCAGCGUCUUAGUCGUGUCCCGUCCUGGUGGCUGGGCCGGAUGCUGCGGUCGACAACGGGAUGGCUGUAAGGCUAUGGGAUGUCAAAAGCUUUUUCCCAGUCCGUUUGCCUUAGUACCAGGAGAUAGGAGAUGGGAGGUGUGUAUGAUGAAGCAGCACAGAAAGGGCCACUGCCCUAAAAGGGGAAGGCAUAAGCUUAAGAGCAUACUGUGGGUACAGGUUGUGCAGAGCAGAGGGUAUUCCGCGGCACGCUUGUUGUUGAAGUUGGAUGUCCACGUGGUUCGAGCCUGUGGACAGGCCGCCUGCUGUUUUGCUAAUUUACAGCGUGGUACCGGAUCUCGAUACGAAGACAGACGACUCUCGAUGAUCAACGAUGAUUUACCCCGAGCGAUAAACAUAUCGCGUUCUCCGCCUUUCGUCUCCGCUAGCGUUGGUUCAAACGGCGCAAUACUAUGUAUUUCAGCACUAGAGUAGAAUCAGGGCCCAGCGGGCUGUCGUCGAGUCGUCUUCGAUGACAGGGAAGUCU